GGUCUUUUCUUGAUCAUUUUUAUAAAUACAUGUAUGCUUUUGCCUGUCGACCACAAUUCAAGUCAAUUCGUUCUGCUGUAGGCCUAUUUACUUUCUCAAAGACUGACGGCGUUUAAAAUAAAUCUCAACAAGAGGAUAAUUGUCAAUUAGGCCUGUUCAUCUGUAGAUUUUCGGUUAAUUCUUCAACGAUUAAAAUAGAGAUCAGGCAUGAUUUAUCGACAGAAAAUCUUGGUCUUGACCCUGGCAUUGGUCUCUGUCAUGUUGAUGUGUCCUGGUGACUGCCAAGCUUCAUGCUGUUGCCCAACCUUCUGGACUGCAUACAACGGUAGCUGUUACAGAUUGUUCAGUUACAGUAUGAAUUGGCAUGAAGCAGAGGCGUAUUGCAAUGAAUUUUCCAUACCAUCCCUUGAUGAUAGAGAAAGGAAUAGCGUGGCUCAUCUUGUAUCCAUCCAUUCCCUAGAUGAACAUGAUUUCGUUGUUUCUUACUUCAGAUCUACAGGAAUCAAGGAUCAGGGAGAUGAUGAAUCAACUGGGCGUAACAUGUGGGUUGGUUUCCAUGAUACUAACAGCGAGGGAAACUUCGAGUGGACCGACCGAUCUUCGUUCAACAUGAACGUGUGGUCCCUCGGACAGCCCGACAACUUUAAUUCGAGAGAACACUGCGGGAACAUUGUUGGCGUUUACGGCUAUAAAUGGAACGACUACCCGUGUGACGUAGAUGCUCAAUACUUCAUGUGCAAGUUACCAGUUUGGUAAACUGAUCAGGGACUUCCCACGAGGCCAGGGCCUUGGGAACGAUUUUCUUUUUACUGGAGGUGCUGAGGUAAAUUUGACAAGCAAACAAAAAAAAAAGAGAAAGAAAGUUCAUUACAAAAUGA